UUCAACACUACUAUAUAACAAAUAAUUUGAGAUGAAUAAGGAUGAUACCAUUGCCACGAAAGGAUGGAAUAAAGUUCGAGAUAUUUCUGGGCUUAAAGCUAAGUUGCAUAAAAAAGAAACAGUAAAAGGUCUGCUAAGGUUUUGGUCUGAUGUGAGUGUAAUAGCCGGACCUGAGAUAGACGAUAAACUUCUCUCUGAGUUUCUGGAUGAUGAUGGAGUCGAUAUAGUGGUCGCUAAGUUUAUAAAGGGACUUACCAGGAAUGGGUUGAGACCUCUAACAGAUCCAAGGUUUAACAGUACAAUAGCGAGGAUAAAGUCCUGGGAUAACAAUGAGGAUCAGACUCUCAUGCCUGAAACCAUGCCCCUUGAUGACUUCAAAAAGUGUCUGGCCUCCAACAUGGUGUUCAUACAGUCAGCCUUGUCAGGGAAUCUCAUCAUCCCGGAGUGGAAGAAGUUCCAUGAUAUGAUCGAGGAGUUGUUUGAGAGCUGCAGACAUCUUACUGAGGGGAAGGUUACCACGUUGACUCCGCAACUAGCUAAAGAAGAAAACAUGGACAAGUACGGUUUGUCAAUCUGUACGGUGGACGGACAAAGACUGAGUCUAGGGGACUACAAGACAACCACCUCAGCAAACAAUAACUUCCCCUUGAUGGACCUGACUAGGGUGAUCCUGUACGCGCUAGCUUGCACCGAGAAAUCAGUUGAAUACGUUCACAAGUAUAUAGGAAAGGAACCUAGUGGUUCGGAAGGCGAAGCUUUGGCUCUGAAGAAUGGAAAACCCCACAAUCCACUAAUAAUGACUGGAGGGCUAGCUGUCUCGUCCCUUAUCAAACCCACUCUUUGCUUCUCAGAGAGAUUCGAGUAUUUCCAGAAUAAAGUUCAAAGCUUUGUUGGUCAGACGGCACAACAGACAGAGUAUGUAGGAUUCAACAACCCCCUGGCUCUCUCCCUGAAGGACCAUUCUAACAGACUGUACGCUAUUGGUCACUUUCUCCGGGAGAACAAAUGUUUCAACAAGGAGAACCCGGUUAAUUUAGACGAUGUGAUGGAAUUAUUCCUGCAUUACUGCUCCAUCGACACCAACUGCGACAGUGCAGCAGUGAUGGCUGCUACACUAGCUGCAGGCGGACUCUGUCCAAUGACUGGAGAGAAAGUGGUGUAUCCUGAAGCUGUGAGAAACUGUCUCAGUAUGAUGAACUGUUGUGGAGUUAACGAUUACAGUGGAGAGUUCAUGUUUGAGGUCGGUCUACCUGCCAAAAGCAACAAAGCCGGUGCUCUGAUAGUAGUUAUUCCCAAUGUCCUGGGUAUGUGCAUCUGGUCUCCUCGUCUUGAUAGAAGUAUGAACUCUGUCAGAGGCAUCAAAUUCUGCAGGAAAUUUACGGAAAAGUUUGUGUUCCAUCAAUUUGACCCGUGCGGUAGAGGGUCACAGAAGGUCGAUCCCAGACGACGGGACUUUACCGAGAGCAAGGACCAACAAAGUCUGACAAUUCUCUUCUCGGCGUUUAACGGUAAGAUGACGACUCUAUACCGCUAUCUGAAAGAAGGAGUCAACUUUGGGUGGCCAGAUUAUGACGGCAGAACGGCGCUUCACCUGGCAGUUUGCGGAGCCCAGUACGACGUGUGCAGGUUCCUGAUAGAGAAGUGUCAAGUGGACUGCAGUCCUGUGGACAGGUGGGACGCCACCCCACUGGACGACGCCAUCAAGUACGGCAACCAGCAGAUCAUCACCUAUCUCAAGAAGAAGGGAGCUCUCAGAGGCAAUGCCAUUGUACAGGCCGAGCAAUAAUAGCUGAUAUGUGGAACUGGAUAUUUGCAGCUAGGGGAUAUUUUGGUAGUGCUGGUAUCAAGGCCCUCGUUGGCUUGCUAUUUUCAAGUCUUUGACGACGUACAACUACAGCGUGAUAUGGCAUCACACAUCAUUUUAAACGUUGCUAUGCUUUAAAGAUUGUAAUUUUAAAUAGAGAUUCUUUGAUUUUAAGGAAUGAUGAUACUAGCUUAUCCAGUCUCAUAGGCAAUUUUGAUUUACUGUGUAUUGUACGACCUUUUUUUGGUGUAAUAAAUCGUAUCGAUAGAUUCGGGGUUGUCGCAUGAUACACAUAUUAUAAUUAACGAAGAUAUCCUUUUUUAGAUUUUCUCAGAUGUUCAUUAACAUUAAAUCAGCAGUAGCGAUGAUUAAAGUUAAACUGAUGGCAUUCUUUACAAUCACUUCCUUAGAGUUUCCUCAUUUCAGACAAAUAAGUUUCCUUUUUUAAUUAAUAAAUGGCAUACCAUUUCUGUUCGACUUAAUGAUCAAUUGUAGCAGCUGCUCGAUAAGAUAAAUUUACUUUGAAAUAACGAUUAUAUGAUUUUGAGGAAUGACGAAGCAACCUGGACUUAAAUGAUAAAAAAUGAAUGCAAGUGUUACGUUUGAGAGGACUUCCUAACUUAUUAACAAACUACUAGUACUAAGACCUCUUAUUGAGUUAUAUUACAUGUAGAUUGUGUAUGUUAGUUUGAAUUUACGUUCUUUCAUUA